UAUGCGUGCAUCUCACAUUUUAUUGCUCAUUGUUGCUAUCAAGGCAGUCAAGUUUUUAGACGAACCAGCUGUAUUAUUGGAAGAUGAGGAAAAACCAUACAUGCAAAUCACAAUCUUUGCCCAAUAAUCUUCAUUGUUUACAGAGGAGGAAUUAGCAAGAAACUCAGAACCUGCCAAACAAUAUGAAUCUGGAUUCAAUUAUGAAGAUGAAAAUUAAUCAUCCUUAAAUAGUGCUGAUUAAUCUUAAGUCUUUUUGGCUGCUUAAUAUGAAAAAGAUUUACCAGCCACUGGAGAUUGUGUUGUACUUUACUCUUCAUGCGAUUUCAAAGGCACAUCUGGAAAAGUAUGUAAAGCUGAAGAUGCUAUGAACUUCUAAAUUCCAGUCUUCUCCAUAUAUGUUCCAAUUGGGUAACAUUAUCUUUAAUAAUUUAGAUAAUAAUUCACAACAUUAGAUUCUAUUAAAAAUGAAUAAUUGGCUUUUUUGACAAGUGAAAAAUGUUUAACAGAACCACUUGUUAUGGCUGAUACAUAAAAAGAUGUAUUCAUUGCAAAACCAUCAUAAUCAUUGACUGGAUCAGAUAAUACAUCAAGUAGUAUUAUAUAUUUAUUUUUAAUAAUAAAGGUGAUAUAACUACUGCACCAUAACCAUAAGUGAUCUAAGAAACAUAAGAAUAAAUUGAAGUACCAUAAGUUUAAGAAGAACAAUAAGUGAAUAUUGAUUAAGUAUAAGAAUAAUAAGUGUAAUAAACAGAGUAAGUAUAAGAAUAAUAAUAAUAAGUAGAAGUUGAUGCUUAAUAAUAAGAAUAAUAAUAAUAAUAAUAAGAUUAAUAAUUAUCUGAAACCCCUUAAAUUUAAUAAAAUGAAACAUAAAGUUAAGAAUAAUAAGUUUCAGUAGAUAAUGUACCUUAAGCUGCUGAAGCACUUGUUGGACAAACUUAAUGAG